AAACUUUAGUUGUAACUGUGACUUCUUCUUUUGAGGUACACUUAAUAUUGGAAGUCUCUUAGUCCUAUGAGUGGGUGUGUAGCAGUUUGUCUCUGAGCUCUGGUUUCUUUAAAUGAAGCUGGGUCUCUGGGCAACAUCUUUAAUGAGACAGAUACAAAGGUUCCUGGACCUUCUCAACACAGGGAGCCUGCGUAAGGAUGCAAGAGCGGCAACUUCAAGGUACAGAGAAAGGAGGCUGGUGGUCCCUGAAACACUGGUCUGCGGCUGGGAUUCUCAUUGCACUCCUCAGUGCUUGCUUCAUUGUGAGCUGUGUGGUAACUUACCAUUUUACACAUGGCAAAACUGGCAAAAGUCUGUCUGAACUACACUCAUAUCAUUCAAGUCUCACUUGCGUCAGUGAAGGGACAAAGAUGACAGCCUGGGAAUGUUGUCCAGCUUCUUGGAAGCCAUUUGGUUCCAGUUGCUAUUUCAUUUCUAGCGAAGAGAAGUUUUGGUCUAAGAGUGAGCAGAACUGUGCGGAGAUGGGAGCGCAUUUGCUUGUGAUCAACACGGAAGCAGAGCAGAAUUUCAUUGUCCAACAGCUGAAUGAGUCACUUUCUUAUUUUCUGGGGCUUUCAGACCCACGAGGUAAUAAUAAUUGGCAAUGGAUUGAUAAGACACCUUUUGAGAAAAAUGUCAGAUUUUGGCACGCAAAUGAACCCAAUCAUUCUGAAGAGCAAUGUGGUUCAAUAGUCUUCUGGAAACCUAAAGGAUGGGGAUGGAAUGAUGUUCUCUGUGAAAGUAGAAGAAAUUCGAUAUGUGAGAUGAAUAAGAUUUAUCUAUGAGUGGAACUUCUUUCACUGACAUUUUAAAAACUGAAAUCUAUCAUGAAAUGAAAAUUUCUUCUUGUAAUUUACACAUAAUCCUUAUGUUAUAGAGAUUCAUAGAAAUGGAAAGAUACCUGUCUCCCUGUGAUCAAUCUUCUUCUAGUUUCUCUUUUCCACUAAUGGAAGAAUGAGCUCUUCCUCUCUUUCUUCCAUUCUUUCACUUGUUAUUCAUUUUGUUCUUUCUUCAUACUUCAUUACACAAACAUUUAUUGUUUCAGAGGCUGUACUAUUUUGUUUGUUAGAAGAUCUAUAAGGCAGUAUCUUUUGAAAAUGUUGACCUUUCUUCCUCAAAAUACCAUAAAGAAAUCUUUUUGGUUGAGAACUGCAAUCAUCUGAAAGGCUGACAAGAGUUGAAAUAUCUUUUUCUAGAUGCCUCACUUGCAUGGCUGGCAACUUGGUGUUGGCCAUUGCUAGGAGGCCUCAGUACCUCACUCUCUGGAGGGCUAACUGAAUCUCCUUACAAUAUAGUGGCCAGCUGCCGUUGGAACAAGUGAUCCAAAAAAACAAGUGAAGGUAAUGUCUUUAAUGAAUUAGACUCAGCAGUUAUGGACCAUAACUUCUGCUGUACCCCACUGGUCGCAUGAAACAGAUCUGAUAUAAUAAAGAACGGGACUACCCAAAGGCAUGAAUACUAGAAUGUGAGAAUCACCGAGGGCCAUCUUGUAGGCUGACUAUCACAGCAAAAUUUCUUUAAAAAGAUACCAAAAAAAAAAGAGGGAGUAAAAAUUAAAUUAAUUAAAAAAUCUCCUACACUAAAAUUAUGGGCUUCAUCAAAACAUUAUUAAGAAAAUUAAAAUAAAAAUGUCUGGAGGAAGAUAUUUUAAACACUUAUAACUGACACAAUAUUAAUGCCAAACAUAUAUAAACAUCUAUUACAAAUCAGUUAGAAGAACACAAAACAUGAGCAAAAUAUUUGAACAAACACUUUAUAGAUGGAGAAAUAUAGACAAUAAACAUGUUUUUAUAGAGAUGCUCAGCUUCAUUCAUAAUGUAAUAACUGCAAGUCAAGAGACAAUAACACAUCAUUUUAUGUCAAUUUUAAUGGUAAAAUUAAAAAAUAUAAUUCCAAAAGUUGGAGGAAAUAUAAAUCGAUAAGACUACUUA